UUGUCUUAAAAAUUUGUGGUACUUCUACGUUUCUGCGCUUUUGUAAAUGUAGAUCGUAUGUUUCGUCAUUUGAUUAAAGCGUUUGAAGACUUUGCAGCGCGCUGACACCAAUCGGCCACCGUAGCUUAGCAACCGAAUCAUAACAAUUCUUUUCCGUUUAGAGUUUUCAUUUGAACAUUUAAAGCAGCUCAGACUUGCAGUUUAUCAGCAAGAGAGAAGACGCGAAAGAUGUCCAUCGUGAAAACCACCGUGAAUCUCCAGAGGAUUGACUGGCUGCUGCCGAAAGGUGCAGUCAGUGUGCGGAUCGCCCCGGAAUACAUCCCCGGUCCAGUUGGCCGAGGACAAACCAGUUCCAGUGAUGCUGGCCGUCGGAAGAAGUGCCGCACCAGGCCGCUGGCAGCCAGCUCCCUGACCACGUCUGCCUCUCCUGGAUCUGCUGCCAUCCCGGUGGCAACCAGCAGGGGUCAGCAGGGCACAGGCCGCCGUAGAAAUACGGCGGGAGGCCGGUCAGGGCGAAGAAGGAGGUAUGACCAACAGAAGGGGUUAGAGCCUAAGCCCAGCUCACCAACCUUCUCCUCCUCUUCAUUUUUAUUUCCGUCUUCAGCCCCCUCCCCUUUUGUUUCAUCCCCAUUUCUUUUUAUGGGCUCCUCUGUUUUAUCGCCACACUUACUCACACCUGUAAGCCCAGCUCCACAUCCAUAUUCAGCUCCAGGCCUGGUUCAUCUGACCCCUCUGCUUCAGGCUCCAGCACAGGCUGUAGCCGCCUCAUCUCACCUGGAAAAAUUCUAUUGGUUGUAUAACUAUUAUGUAACAAAGUACUCUAAAAUGACCUAUGACGCCAAGUGCUUUACUGAGUACUGGUGUCAGGAGUUUUGGAACAGACAUUUAAAUGAAAUUAACUUAGCGAAACAGGGGAAGAAUGAGGAUAAUGAGGGUACUCAUUCAACCAAGAGGCGUAGGAUUGAUGAAGAUGAGUUCAUCUUUCCUAUUGAUGCACUGGAGCAGCUAAGUACCAUGCCCAGGGCUCAGGAGAUGGGUGUGGAAAUGGGCUAUCAGUCAGAUGCACAUAGCUACAUUUCCCUGUAGAUUCAGCACAUAAUUACACGAGAGUUGUCAUACAUACUUAGGAUAAGAUAAAAUACCAUGUAGUUCUAUAGCAUAAGGUACUAUAGGAUAAGAUUAAGAUAGGAUAAGGUUAAGAUUGUAUAUAAUAAGAUAGGACAAGUUAAGAUAGUCUUAACUUGUAUGCCAUUUUAUGUUUUACAAAGACAUGAUAAAUUACCAUAAGUUUAGGAUAAGAUUAUAUAAGAUAACAUAGUAUAAGAAUAAGAUAGGAUUGCAUAGCAUAAGAUAAGAAAGAUAGGAUAAGAUAACAUAGAAUAAAAUUAAGAUAGGAUAGGUUACGGUAAGCUUAAGAUUGUAUAACAUAGGAUUAGAUUAAUUAUAAAUAAAGCAGUCCUCCUUAGAGGGGGGGUGGUGGAGGGAAUAUUUAAAAAAUAAAAAUAGGGUUAGUUAACAUAAGGUUAAGAUAAGAUUGUAUAACAUAGGAUUAGAUUAAUUAUAAAUAAAGCAGUCCUCCUCAGAGGGGGGGUGGUGGAGGGGAUAUUUAAGAAAUAAAAAUAGGAUCAGUUAACAUAAGGUAAAGAUAAGAUUGUAUAACAUAGGAUUAGAUUAAUUAUAAAUAAAGCAGUCCUCCUUAGAGGGGGGGUGGUGGAGGGAAUAUUUAAGAAAUAAAAAUAGGAUUAAUUAAGAUAAGGUUAAGAUAAGAUUGUAUAACAUAGGAUUAGAUUAAUUGUAAAUAAAGCAGUCCUCCUCAGAGGGGGGGUGGUGGAGGGAAUAUUUAAGAAAUAAAAAUAGGAUUAAUUCAGAAGGUUAAGAUAAGAUUGUAUAACAUAGGAUUAGAUUAAUUGUAAAUAAAGCAGUCCUCCUUAGAGGGGGGGUGGUGGAGGGAAUAUUUUAAGAAAUAAAAAUAGGAUCAGUUAACAUAAGGUUAAGAUAAGAUUGUAUAACAGGGCUACAGUGAAGAAAUCAAAAAUUUCAAGGCAGCAUGAAGGUAACGCACAAUCAGGGAUGUGCAAUUUCUGAGGCAUGUAUUCAAAAAAAGUAUUUUAAUUGUGUUUUAUGAUUCAUAUUUGACUUAGUUCAUGAAAUAAAAUGUUUUUUUCUACA